AUGGGUGACUGGAGCUUUCUGGGUAAUAUUUUAGAGGAAGUUAACGAGCACUCUACGGUGAUCGGCCGGGUGUGGCUCACGGUGCUCUUCAUCUUCCGUAUCCUCAUUUUGGGCACGGCGGCGGAGUUUGUGUGGGGCGAUGAGCAGUCUGACUACGUCUGCAACACACAGCAGCCCGGAUGUGAAAAUGUGUGCUACGACGAGGCCUUCCCUAUCUCCCACAUCCGCCUGUGGGUGCUGCAGAUCAUCUUUGUGUCCACACCAUCUCUGGUGUAUGUGGGUCAUGCUGUGCACCAUGUCCACAUGGAGGAGAAACGCAAAGAGCGAGAGGAGGCAGAACUUAGCCGGCAGCAGGAGCUGAGUGAGGAGCGUCUCCCUCUGGCACCUGACCAGGGAAGUGUCCGCACCACUAAGGAGACCAGCACAAAGGGAAGCAAGAAGUUCCGGCUGGAGGGCACACUGCUGAGGACCUACAUCUGCCACAUCAUCUUCAAGACACUGUUUGAGGUGGGCUUCGUGGUGGGCCAGUACUUCCUGUAUGGCUUCCGCAUCCUGCCACUGUACAAAUGCAGCCGCUGGCCCUGCCCCAAUACAGUGGACUGCUUUGUGUCUCGCCCCACGGAGAAGACCGUCUUCAUCAUCUUUAUGUUGGCUGUCGCCUGUGUCUCACUCUUCCUCAACUUUGUGGAGAUCAGUCACCUGGGCCUGAAGAAGAUUCGCUUUGUCUUUCGCAAGCCGGCCCCCGCCCCAGCCCAAGGUGAGGGCUCGGCCCCCCUGCCGCCACAAGGGAAGAGCCUGCCCCCCCUGGCUGUGCCCUCCCUGCAGAGAGCGAAAGGUUACAAGCUGCUGGAGGAGGAGAAAGUUCCCAUAACUCAUCUCUACCCACUGGCUGAGGUGGGCAUGGAGGCUGGCAGAGGGGCCCCACCCUUCCCGGGGCUGCAGGAGAAGGUGGAGGAGGUGCUGCCCAUGGGGGACAUCUCUAAGGUGUAUGAUGAGACUCUGCCCUCCUACGCCCAGACCACUGAGACAGCGGGGGUGACAUUACACGAGGAGGAGGCAGAGGAGGAAGCAGUGAAAGGGGAGGGGGCAGGGAUGGAGGCCACGGAUACGAUAGAAGACACCAGACCACUGAGCCGACUGAGCAAAGCCAGCAGCAGGGCCAGGUCAGACGAUCUCACCGUAUGA